AUGACUUCUGAAGGUCAGGUACCACGGUCGCUUUCGAACGUGCGACACAUAUUGCUCGUACUUUCGGGGAAGGGUGGUGUAGGCAAGUCGUCUGUGACGACGCAAACAGCCAUGGCUCUUGUCAACAAGGGUUUCAACGUUGGGGUCUUGGAUAUCGAUUUGACAGGUCCGUCAUUGCCUCGAAUGUUUGGCGUGGAACUGCAUCAGAUCCAUCAGUCCAGAGCUGGUUGGGUUCCUGUGACUGUCUAUCCUCGAACAGAAACGAGAGGAUCGCUUUCGCUCAUCUCUUUAGGAUUUCUUCUCGGUAGUCGCAGCAGUUCUGUGGUAUGGAGAGGACCGAAAAAAACAGCCAUGAUUCGCCAGUUUCUCUCUGAUGUUGUUUGGACGGGAACUCUUGACUAUUUGAUCAUAGACACCCCUCCAGGAACUUCGGAUGAGCAUAUCGCCAUUGCCGAAGAACUUCGGUGGGCCCAACCUUUAGAUGGAGCUAUAAUAGUAACCACCCCACAGCAGGUUGCAACUGCCGAUGUUCGCAAAGAAAUCAAUUUCUGCAAAAAAGUAGGAUUCGAGAUUGUUGGUGUGGUGGAAAAUAUGAGUGGAUUUAUAUGUCCUCAUUGCGCAGAAUGUACCAAUAUUUUUCUGUCCGGUGGUGGAGAAGCCCUCAGUAAGCAGUUGGAUCUUCCCUACUUGGGCAACAUACCUAUAGAUCCACGGUUUGUGGAGAUGGUGGAAACACAAUCCGAUGAAAAUAAGCUCAUCGACUUGUAUGAGAAAUGUGAGUUGAAGCCCAUCGUGGAAGGUAUGGUGACCAAGGUGUUGGAGCAAAAUAAACCGGCCAGAAUAUAA